GAGGGGGACGUGCUCAGGACUCUAUUUCCCAUCAUGCUGUUUUUUUUCUCCUCCUCCUCCUCCUCUUUCUCCUCCUCCUGCUGCCCCGCUCCCCUUUCCCUUCCGAUACGGAAGCCGAGAGGCGUUGCUCCUGCUGCCUUUCAGCCCAAGAUAGAGCUGGGCCGGGUUGGCCGCCCAGCCGGGCUGGCGGCAGUGGCGGCAGAAGGAAGAGGAGGAAGAAAAUGGCGGCGCCGCUGCUGUCCCUCUCGGAGGGGGAAGGCGCCCGGGCGCGGCGGCGGGAACAACUCCGAGCCUGGGUGGAGGCCGAAGCGGCGGCGGCGACUUCUCUUUGCCCGGCCCCGCCUCCCGCCGGUUCUGCGCCUUCCCCGGGGCUGCCGGCCGCGGCGGCUGAGAAUGAGGCCGUUGUGUCCGGAGGCGGCGGGGGCCGGGGUCGCCCCCGCGCGGUCCGUUUCGACGCGGCCGCCGAGUUCUUGGCCUGCUGCGCUGGGGCCGAGCUGGAAGCGGCGCGGGAGAUGCUCAGCGCCGACCCGGGAGCCGUGAAUGGGACCAAUGCGGACGGCAUCAGCGCUCUCCACCAGGCCUGCAUCGAUGAGAACAUGGAGGUGGUUGAAUUUCUGGUGGCAAACGGAGCCGACUUGAACCAGGCUGACAACGAGGGCUGGACUCCGCUGCACGUUGCUGCUUCCUGCGGCUACAUUGAGAUUGCACAAUACCUCUUGGACCACAGUGCCAACAUCGCUGCAGUGAACAGUGACGGGGAUGUGCCAUUGGACAUCGCUGAGGCUGACAACAUGGAGGCCUUACUGCGUUCGGAGAUUGGAAAGAGAGGGGUAGAUGUAGAAGUAGCCAAGCGAGAGGAGGAGGAGGUGAUGCUUCGUGACGCGCGCCAGUGGCUGAAUGGUGGGAAAAUCUCUGAUGAGCCACACCCCAAAACAGGGGCCACUGCCCUGCAUGUGGCGGCUGCCAAAGGCUACAUUGAGGUCAUGAGGCUGCUCUUACAAGCCGGAUAUGAUCCCAACGUGCGCGACAAAGAUGGUUGGGCUCCCCUACAUGCAGCAGCCCACUGGGGAGUGGAGGAGGCCUGCCGCCUUCUGGCCGAACACUUCUGUGACAUGGAGGUGCUCAAUAAUGUGGGCCAGCGUCCCUGCGACCUUGCGGAUGAGGACACUUUGGCUUUGCUUGAGGAGCUCCAGCGCAAGCAAAACGAUCUACGCAGCAAGAAGGAAGCUCACCUGAAGCAGGCGGUGAUUGACACCAGCUUGGAACAGCCCCCAUCAUACACGAGCAAGCACCGAAGGAGCUCCGUUUGUCGCAUGAGCAGUAAGGAGAAGAUUUCUGUCCAGGACCAAUCGAAGGAACGCAAGACCUUGGGCACCAUCGCCGUCGGUGAGGAGGAGACCAGCUCUGCCUCAGAGGGGGAGGAGACUCCACAUUCCAAUGCAGAGGUGAAGGCCGCUCCUCUGACAGUCAGCAGUGCAGUGAAUGGAGUCUCCAUGACCCCCGUCAGUCCUGUGUCCCCCAGUCCCACAGGGCAGAAGCAGUUCUCUGGAGGCUCCAGCCGCACCAUGGAGCCGGCAGACGCGGCAGUUCCCGCUAUCUGGAGGCAGAGUCUCCGCAAGACGAGUAGCUUUGGGGUGUUGCAGGAUGCCAAGCUGGAGGAAGCGGCAGCCAAGGAGGGCAGUGGCAUCAAGCGCUCCGCAUCCAGCCCCCGGCUGGAUACAGAGGAAAAGCAAGACAUCCAGGAGCUCUUACAGAAGUGGAACAAGAAUCCCAUUGGCCCAGGGUUAGCCAAUAGGAGUGCAGCUUCUGAGCCAGCUGGUGACCCGAGCAAAGAACCACGCCUGGCCCGGGUCACUCCGACCCCUACUCGGAGGAUAUUUGCCCUCCCAGACACUGAACCCCAUCGGGAUCCCCGGCGAACAAACUUAGAAGGUGGCCUUCAGAUGAAGAUAGAUACAGCCCCUACCCCACACCAGCCCCCUUCUUCCACUGCCAUCAGCUCUAGCCUGGAUCCCCAGGACCGACGAAGGUCAUACCAGACGCCGGUGCGGGAUGAAGAGUCGGAGUCCCAGAGGAAGGCCCGUUCCAGGCUCAUGAGACAGUCCAGGCGUUCCACACAGGGUGUUACCCUCACAGAUCUAAAGGAGGCUGAGAAGACCAUGGGCCGUGCUGGGGACUCCAAAACAUCCCCAGAGCAGCAAAAUAAGGACGAGACACAUGACCAGGAUGGAGAGCAGCAGCCUCAAGAGACUACGGACUCUUGUAGGAGAUUCCGGCUCCCCAGUUCAGACAGUUCUUCAGUUUAUACUGUGAAUCCGUUAGUGGUGAAUUCGCAGCCCAGAAAAGGCUUGGAAGCUGACGAGACCAGCUCAGAGGCAGAUUCUGAUCUCCGGAACAGACUGGCUAUCCGGGACCGCAGGAAAGGCUGUCGAGAGAGACGCAUCACCGGGCUGGGAGGGAACUCAGAGGGUGAGGAUGAUGAAGACAUUGAGCAAGUCAACAAUGAAGACCCACCAGGACACAGCAGCGAACACCUAAACAGCAUCUUGUCAAACCGGACAGCUCCUUACAGCUGCCAGAGUCGAAACAGCGCAUUGUGCUGCAAAGAGGAACCCGAUCAUUAUUACAAAAAAGUGUGUGACCCUAAGCUGUAUGAAGAUCUCUUGAUUGAGAAUGAAAAACUGAAGGAACAACUGCAAGAGGCACAGCUGCAGCUGACACAGAUCAAGCUGGAGCUAGAAAGAGUGACCCAGAGGCAAGAACGUUUUGCUGAGCGGCCGGCUCUCCUAGAGCUGGAGAGAUUCGAACGCCGAGCUUUGGAGAGGAAAGCGGCAGAGCUAGAGGAAGAGUUGAAGGCUCUUUCGGAUUUGAAGGCAGACAACCAGCGUCUCAAAGACGAAAAUGCCGCACUUAUCCGCGUUAUCAGCAAGCUCUCCAAGUGACCACCGUUGCCAUUGCCCCCGACUCCUCUGUGAAGCAGGAGCCUUAUGCCACGCCCCACCUGCUUGUGUACCAGAUCCUUAACAGGGUCAGGAGAAAUACACAAGAUCAGGAGUGACCAGCUCCCUCUCACCACUCAAAACACUCCAAAUGUGGGCUAUUCCGAGCCUCAGCCAAUUGGACACCCAUCAGCCGUUCUUUUCCACAGAGGGCCAAGUUUUUGUUGCCAAAAGUGAUAUCUCAAGCCCCUGCCCAAUUCCCUCCCCAUCCCCCUCCUCCAAAGACAGUAUUUAUUUUUGUGGCUUCCUUUUUAAAGUGAUGUUAUUUGCUUGUUGCUUUUCUUUUCAUGAACAAGGGGAGUGGGGAUGACGGGAGCCAGUCUUUCUGGGGGUUCAAGAGGAGUGAGUUGGCUACAAUAUAAUUAUCCUUGACGGCAGGCAAAUAGAGUUGCUUUACAGUUUGGAAGCAAAAGGCCAGACUUCUGAGGUUAACAGACACACAGGGUGUGCUUCCUAAUGUGUAAUUGGCGCUGCUCGUAGCUCUGCCUCCAUAGCUGUGCAGCUCAGGAGCAGCGUUAUGCUGAUCAGUCUCAUUGGGUAAGGGAAAGGGUGGCUGGUCUCAGUCCAAGCAUCCCCUUCCAUUCUGCCAAACAGACCACAGUGCAAGAGGACUGCAAAGUAGGAGCCUAGCCUCUAGCAACCAGGGCCAUUUUCACACUAAAUCUAUUCCACUGUUGUUCCACUUUAAAUAAGCCUGGCUUCCCUCAACGAAUCCUGGGAAGUGUAGUUUGUGAAAGAUGCUGAGAGUUGUCAGGAGACUCUUACUCCCCUCAGAGAGCUACAAUUUCCAGAGUGGUUUAACAGACCGUCCCUCUUCCCAGAGAACUCUGGGAAUUGUAGCUCUCUGAAGGAAAUAGGAGUCUCCUAACAACUCUCAGCACCCUUAACAAACCACACUUCCCAGGAUUUUGGGGGGGGGAAGCCAUGACUGUUUAAAGUGGAAUAAAUGUAUGGUGUGAAUGUGGCCCAGGUUGCAUAGCCUAGGUUGGCAGCUGUCCUGGAAGUUGGAGAACUUGAGCAGAGAAGUUAAAAAUGGGACCUGGCAGCCCUGGGUAUGGCUAUUGUGUGUGUGUGUGUGUGUGAAAGAGAGGGAGAAGCGCCUUAACCACAGGUUGCACUGAGGCCCUGUAUGGUUUAAUCAGAGAGGAGUUGAGAGUAACGGUUAGAUUUAAUUUUUUUAAUGGGCUGCUGGGAUUGACUGCCCUGAGACUUUCUAGAGCCAGAAGGACAUGGAGAGUUCUGAGGUGGCAAUAUUUAGGAGCCAAGAUAGUAUUACCUGUGAAGAUGAGACUGUAAGUGCCAUAGUUUGGGUUGGGGGAGAGAGGUGCAGGGGCUGGGGUGGCUAUAGUCCCUCCCUUCUCUGCCUUGUUGUAAAGUGGGAAGGAUUUUAUCUCUUUGCCUGCUCUUCAUUUCCCUCAGUAUCUUGACUUUCAGAUGUGAGUGUGGCUUCCUCCCUUCUCAGAAGCUUGAGUGUGCAGCAUUAGGCCUGGCACUGGUUGCUUCCAGUGUUUCCUUGCCUGAACCAGACCUGAGGCCAAAUCCCAGGGAAACAGUGUAAUCCCCCCCCUUUCUGCUGCCUGGACGAUGCCCACAGCCUUCUGCCAGUGCCCAGUCCCGACUGUGAGGAUGCCCCAGACAUCUGUAACCCUGUGCUGUAAAAUGCAUAACAUUGUCCAUACCUCCCCCACCCCCAAAGUUUGUAUUUGCCAUUCACAGUUGCCAGCCUUCUACGCUCCUUCCCCCUCCAGGAGCUGUGCCUCCUUGACCUCUUUUUUUGGUUCAUUGGACUCUGCUGCUUUCCUACAGGAUACAUGUGUGGGGGGGUCCAGUUUCGUGGCUCUUCUCCAUUUUUCUUCUUGCACACACACAAUCAACUCUUUUCAAUGUUAACAUUGAGGGCUAGAAGUACUUCCAAGUGAAACUGAGGGCUAGAAGUAAUUCCAAGAGAAACGGGUCCAAAGUACUACCCUGAAAAUCCUGUCUGCGUGUGUUUGUAUGUGUUUUUUCCUGCGCUAUCAUGAGCCAAGAUUCCUCCGCCAAAAUAAAUAGUCCCUUCUUUCCUGCCAGAUCAUGCCUUUCUCUUCUCCCUCCCCCCUUUCCCCCCUUCUCUCCCCCUGCCCUGGUCUGUGAACUCCCCUCCCCAAACAUACCUGUACAUAACAGAAGUAUUUUCUAUAUGGUUGCAUCGCCAACAAAAACCAGAAGAAAAAAUGCAGAAAAACUUAAAUGUGCAAUAUCGCAUGAGUAUUUUUUUCCCAAAGAAGUCUCUAUAUUGUACUUGUUUAUUCAGCAGCGCAGCUGCAUUUGUUUUAAAGAACAGGGAAUUGAAAUUACCGUGUUGAAUAUAAUUAAAAAAAAAGCCUAAGAAGA